AUGACUGCUCUAUUUAUAGCCAUUAGUUUGAUCCUACAGUGCUGCUUCUCAGCUAGCACAUCCCACCCUCUAGACACUCUCAACCCAACUGAGAUCAACAAAAUAAGACUCACAGUUCAGAAGUCUCACCUUGGAUCUCUUCCAAACCUCACCUUUCAUUUUGUUGACACUGAAGAGCCAGAGAAACCUGAUGUUCUCAAGUGGCUAUCUUCAAGUGAAAAAAAGAGGUCCACCCCACCCCGGCAGGCUAAGGUGGUGGCUCGAGCCGGUGGUCAGACCCACGAACUCAUUGUGGACCUGGCUACCGGUUCGGUCAUAUCAGACCAUGUCUACACAGGUCAUGGUUACCCUCCUCUCAGCUUUACUGAGCUCUUCCAAGUAAGUAAACUGCCUCUCAGUCACCCCAAAUUCAAGAUGUCAAUUUCAACAAGGGGAUUGAAUCUAUCUGAAGUUUCCUGCUUACCCUUUUCAAUUGGUUGGUAUGGGGAGCAUACAACAAAGAGAGCUGUAAAAGUUCAAUGCUUUUACAGAGGAGGAAGUGUCAAUGUUUUCACAAGGCCUAUUCAGGGAAUUACCAUGCUAGUGGACGUUGAUUUGAUGCAGAUUACAAUGUACACUGAUAGGCUAAGAGCCCCUUUGCCUAAAGCUGAGGGCACUGAUUUUCAAACACCAAAAGGCAACUCCAAUUCUGCUUCUUGCAACAAAACCAAUAGUGGGUUCACCAUUUCAGGCCACAAGGUCAAAUGGGCAAAUUGGGUUUUUCAUGUUGGGUUCAAUGCUAGAGCAGGAGUUGUGAUCUCAACAGCUUCUGUAUUUGACAGCAGAAAGAAGAAGUAUAGGAGUGUGCUAUACAAAGGUCACGUGUCAGAGACAUUUGUGCCAUAUAUGGAUCCUACAAGUGAGUGGUAUUUUAAGACUUUCAUGGACUUGGGUGAGUUUGGGUUUGGGAGAUCAGCUGAUAGUCUGCAGCCACUGAUUGAUUGCCCAGAAAAUGCAAAAUAUGUAGAUGGGUAUAUGGCUGGGGCUGAUGGCAAGCCUCAAAAGGUGCAAAGGGCCAUUUGCAUUUUUGAAAGGUUCUCAGGUGAUGUUGCGAUGAGACAUACUGAGAUUAACGUUCCUGGAAAAUUGAUUAGAAGUGGGCAGCAGGAGACGACUUUGGUGGUUAGAAUGGUGGCUACUGUUGGUAACUAUGAUUAUGUUCUUGAUUGGGAAUUUGAGCAAAGUGGCACCAUUAAAGUUGGGGUGGGAUUAACAGGUGUGUUGGAGACGAAGGCCACGUCAUACACAAAUAACGACCAGAUAAAGGAAAGCGUUUACGGAACUUUAGUUUCAGAAAACACCGUCGCCGUUAACCACGACCACUUCCUCACCUACUUCUUAGACCUUGACGUUGACGGUAACGACAACUCCUUUGUCAAGUCCAAGUUGCAAACGGCAAGAACAAACCCCGUUAACGCCACAUCACCUAGAAAGAGUUACUGGAGGGUGGUUAAGGAAACCGCCAAGACUGAAGCCGAGGCUAGGAUUAGGCUCGGCUUGGAGCCAGCUGAGUUGUUAAUUGUGAACCCAAGUAGGAUGACUAGGCUUGGGAAUGUGGUGGGCUACCGGCUGAUCACUGGACAGCCGGUCACUUCUCUACUGGCUGAUGAUGAUUACCCGCAGAUUAGAGCUGCUUAUACUAAGUAUCAAGUUUGGGUGACUGCUUAUAAUAAGUCAGAGAGGUGGGCUGGAGGGUUCUAUGCUGAUAGGAGCCAUGGAGAUGAUGGCUUAGCUGUUUGGAGCAAGAGGAACAGAGCAAUUGAAAACAAGGAUAUAGUAGUAUGGUACACAGUGGGAUUUCAUCACAUUCCAUAUCAAGAAGAUUUCCCAGCUAUGCCCACACUUCAUGGUGGGUUCGAGCUCCGCCCUGCAAAUUUUUUUGAGAGUAACCCAUUACUCUAA